AUGUAUUCAGUUGAAUAUCUCCCCAGGCUAAACCAGUUGUCCGUUGAAAUAGAAGAUGCAGCUUUUGAUGCUAUCACUGGUGUAGGACUAGAGGAGGAAGGGAGGAUUAUUACUAUUGCCGUGAAAGGACAGGACCCCAUUAAGGUUAAAUGUCCCUUAGCUAUAGAAAGGGUGUCCCCACUAAGUUUAAAAGUUCAAAAUGACAGGCUUCUCAUCUCCUUGAAAACUCAUUCGCAAAUGGAUAUGAAAGUGGCAAAUGAUCUGUGCGAUGGACCCGAUAAAUGGUCCUGUGGGUGGCUAAACCAACGUACUUCGAAGACAGGCUCCAAAAACGAAUUUCAAUUUAGAUGCAGCAAUUGUCAAAACCAGCUAAUCGACUCAUUAGAAUUCAUAUUCAAAGACAUGCCGGGUGAUUACUGGUAUGAGCUUAUGGAUUUCUGGCAUUGCCAUAAACCGGAGAAUAAACAGCCUACGGAUAAAAAUUACGGGGUUUUGAAACCGAAGGACGAUAAAACUAUAGUCAUUGGCUCGUUCUAUCUUUUACAAAUUGUCAACCAGUCCUUAAAAUUAAAAGGGGACGGUGAUGAAGCUUUUUAUUUUUGUGAGAAUUGUCACCAACCUGUUGGUGAUAAAUUUCAAAACGUGAUACGAUUGUUCAAGUGGAAGUUAAGCCUUACUUACACGACAGGAAAUGGGGAAGCAAUUUCCACAUACGACCCACUCCUUUAUGCUGUUAAUCUAUUCGUUACCAAAAUACAGUCACUGGCUGUGAGAAAAUUUGUCGUAGAUGUUGAGGGAGAGGAUAAUGUGUAUUUGUGGAUACUCAAUACAGAUGUCGAUGUCACUGUAAACGGUCGUAUACUCCCAAAGUGCUUAAAAGUAUGGUGGUUUUCGGGUAAAAUUACGGCCAAUGCUGUCAACAGUUACGAGCAUACUGAAAUUCCAUACAAGGAGGUGAUGGAUAAGCUCUUGGCAGCAUUGCGAGAUAACACGAUAAACUCUAGUAUUAAUGUUGGUUCUAUAAAUUAUCAAGUUAGUUACAUACCGACUAUAAUUCCCACAUAA